CAGAAAAGAAAAACGUCGUGAACGUAAAAACUUUUUCAUAAUACCUUAUACAUGAUACAGUAUGCAUCUCUUAUACUUAGCAGGUCUUUUUUCUUUAAUAGUGAAAAAGAAUACUGCUAAUUCAGUGGAGCUUGAAGCCAAAAUUACAUCUCCAUUGAUCUACAAUGCAUACUUAUAUUCAGAAGAAUUCGCAAGAUUUACUUGCAUUACAAGAAAUAGUGACAACAUUCGGUGGAUCAUUGACGACUCAACCAACAUCGAUUACUAUGUUAGAAUGAUCAGAAGAAUACAAUCCAGAAUUUUGCUUGAUCAAGACGGAUCCUUCCUCUCGGAAUUACUGAUCCCGGCUAUUUCAGUUAACAAGCACAUAGCAGUGAUUAAAUGUGAAGCGUACAAUACAACAGGAGGUUUUCAAGUGGCUGAGUCCAACGAAACAGCUCAAUACAACAUCCAAGGCUUGCUGGAAAUGGAGUCUAAUGCCACAUACAGCAGGUACAAUUCCACACACAACCUAGUGGAAUGGUUGGAACCACCGACGCUGAACAUUACAAAUGUAGAACCUGACAUUGAAAGUUACACAGUAUGCUCAUGCCCCAAAUUUAAUAUUUCCGAGCAUGAACUUGAAUGCACCAAUACGUCGAAACCUCAAAUUAUUCUACCAAAAUAUUAUGCGGAUUUUUUUGUUGUGGUAACUGCUUGGAAUAUUGUCGGAGAGAGCAACAGCUCAGCACAACUUAUGAUUCCGAAAUGCGGGAACACUAAUGAUGAGGUCCGAAUAGAAGGAGACACAUUUGUUGUGGAAAUAGAAUUUGACGAAGACAAUUCAACGGCACUUUAUAUUUCCUUCACACCCACUGCAGGCAAUCAGAAGGCAGAUCACAACGAGUCAUCGAUUGAAAGGUGUUUGUUUGUCUAUGAAGUUACCAUCAAGCGGAAACUGAAUUCAACAGAGUUGGUGACACCUACACAACUGUACGGAUUGGAUCAUCUAUGCAUUAGAAAAAAAGAUCUACAGAGAAACAACCUGUUCACAAUUGGCAUAAAUCGAAUAACUUCUACCUCUCAUUUGCAAUUGCAUCCAGUUGACUUCAGUACGUAUGAUCUUCAGAGUGUGAGCACGUCAAGGAAAGGACACUUCUUGCACGUUAUUUGCCAUUUCGCCCGAGGGAUAACAGCUAAAGGCUGUGCAAUACAGCUAAGAAGUGGUGAAAGAGUCCUCCUUCAAAAAAGGCUACCAAUUAUUGAAGACUGUGAAGCCCUGCAAUCGACACCAUGCUACGCAAAUGGAAGUAUUGACUUAUCAGUUCUACCAACUAUUGGGAAGGUGGUAUCUCUACUUGUUUCUCAUUGGGAACCAAACAGUUUUGAAAACAGUGUUUACUUGAUAGAACUCCCAAUACAGGCAGCUAACAACAGCUCAACAGGUUUAAAUCUCACACCAGCAAACACGACCAUGAUACCAUUGAUAAUAACAGAUUAUUUGUGUGCACAACAUGCAGUUGCAGUCAGUGGAGGCACUUUGGGAGCAGUUUGCCUAAUUUGCCUAUCAGCUGUCGUUUUAGGAGUGUUUUGGAAGAUUUACAAAAGAUCAGGUCAACGUUUGAAUUGUCAAAAAAUGCCUCAACUUCAUUCCAAUGAGGCGUACUCACAUAUACUUAGAAAUGAAGCAUACGAGACGGCAGGAAAACCUCCGGUAUCUCAAGAGGACACUGGCCCUCAUCUGUAUGAUGAGAUCCCCCUGCCAGCACAGGCAAAGGAGCCAAUGUAUGCUGAAAUAGGGACUCAGUACAAAUAUUGCAUUCGAAAUUAAUGUUAAUACCAAGUGUAUAAUUAUAGAGCAGGUUAGUCGCCAGCCAGCUAUUGUUUGUUAUUAUACUCUUGUACUAGCACGAACACUUUACUCACGAAAUAAACUCUCGUUUUUAUGUGAAA